AUGGCAGCGGAAAUAACGCAACCGACUGACAACAUCAUCGUUUGCAACGACGUUCAUAAGUGGUUUGGCAACUUCCACGCUUUGCGGGGCAUUUCCACCACCGUCAAACGCGGCGAAGUCGUCGUCAUCAUUGGGCCUUCGGGUUCCGGCAAGUCCACUUUCAUUCGCACUCUGAACCGGCUGGAGCAGCACCAGCGGGGCGAGAUAUUUGUUGACGGGAUUGAGUUGUCCAACGACGUGCGCAACGUCGAUGCCAUCCGCCGGGACGUGGGAAUGGUUUUCCAGUCCUUCAACCUGUUCCCGCAUCUGACCGUGUUGCGCAACAUUACGCUGGCUCCCAUCAAGGUGCGCAAGCUGCCGGCUCGGGAGGCAGAAGCCAUUGCGAUGGAAUUGCUGGAGCGCGUGGGCAUCCCGGAGCAGGCCGACAAAUAUCCGGCACAGCUUUCGGGCGGUCAACAGCAGCGGGUGGCCAUCGCCCGGGCCCUGGCCAUGCAACCCAACAUCAUGCUCUUCGACGAACCAACUUCGGCGCUGGACCCUGAGAUGAUCAAGGAAGUGCUCGAAGUAAUGCACGAGUUGGCCGCGUCCCACAUGACCAUAUUGGCGGUUACCCACGAACUUGGAUUCGCCCGCGAGGUUGCCGACCGCAUCGUUAUGUUCGACGAGGGCCAGAUUGUCGAAGACCAACCACCCGAUGAAUUUUUUAACAACCCGCGGCAUGAACGGGUUAAGCAUUUCCUUUCUCAGAUCCUCUAA